AUGGCGCCUCCCGCCGGCGAUCCUGCCAACAACCCGACGACUUACAGCGGGUUCCUGAGCCUCCUUAAUCGUUCACAACCUCAAACUGUCAACCCAAUCCAGCAGGCCGACGUCGAAAUUAUAUCAAUUUCGUCGGAUGAUGACGAAACAUCUGAUGGUGAUGACUUGCAACCGGCACCCGAACCAACUGUUAUUGCCAGUCUCGGCUCAGAACCGGCACCCGCGCAAAUUCCGGCACCAGCGCAGGUCGUAGUUUCCCCCAGACUGGCAGCAGUUCAGCCCGGAGACCUGCAGCCAACAUGGGAUCUGACCAAUAUCGGCGAGCGGAUCACCCAGCACAUUGACAGAACCAGCCGCACCAUGGAAGAACCGAUGUCCCAGUCAGGCCUACACCCCCUCCGGACGCCUGUCAAUUACACGCCCACCCAGUACAACGACCACGAUGCUGUUUCGGACAGCGUCCUACUUGAGGUUGAUGAUCUACGAACCUUGGCUGACACUGAAGUUGGCAAUCUUCGAGUGUUCAGCGUGGGCGGACCAUUUCUGCCCCGUCCGGCAGCGGGCCAGGCGCCUGUUGUCAUCAUACCGGCAAUACGGUUCAGCACUGGCGCCGAUGUGUCCAAAAGUUUCAACAACGCAAUGGUAGACCGGGCUGUUGAAGCUGCCAGCUUUCUUAUCACCUUUUUCUUGCAACAGCCAGCCCUGAUCUACCCCUGGAUUCGCAUCUCUCCUUGCGCGAAGGCAUAG